GCGUCUAAAAACAGACCGAGGGCUGAGGGAGCUGCCGGAGGCCUUCUCUGCCGCCGCUGCCUUUGUUAGAGUGUGUCGGGACACCGCGUCGUCCUCACCUGUCCUUACCUGUCCUCACCUGUCCUCACCUGUCCUGCCCGUCCCUCCCAGGUGACAGAGACCUCUUGUGUCCUCAUGGAGAGUCUGGAGAAGCAGCUCAUCUGCCCCAUCUGUCUGGAGAUGUUCACCAAGCCGGUGGUCAUCCUGCCGUGUCAGCACAACCUGUGCCGCAAGUGCGCCAACGAUGUUUUCCAGGCCUCCAACCCUUACCUGUCCACCAGGAGCGGCUCCACGGUGACGUCGGGCGGUCGGUUCCGCUGCCCGUCCUGCAGACACGAGGUGGUUCUGGACCGGCACGGCGUCUACGGGCUGCAGAGGAACCUGCUGGUGGAGAACAUCAUCGACAUGUACAAGCAGGGCAGCACCAGUAAGCCGGUACCUGAGCAGAAGCAGGAGCAGCCGAUGUGUGAGGAGCAUCAGGACGAGAAGAUCAACAUUUACUGCAUCACCUGUAGCGCUCCCACCUGCUCCCUCUGCAAAGUGUUUGGAGCUCACAAAGAGUGCCAGGUGGCCCCCCUCAGCGAGGUCUUCAGCAGGCAGAAGGUGGAGCUCACUGACUGCAUCUCCAUGCUGGUUGGGAACAACGAGAGGAUCCAGGCCAUCAUCAGCCAGCUGGAUGAGACCUGCAGGGCUGUGGAUGAGAACGGCCGGCGGCAGAAGUCGAAGGUGUGCGAGACGUUUGACCACCUGUUCGCACUGCUGGAGGAGAAGAAGGUGGAGAUGACGGUGAGGAUCAACAGCGAGCAGGAGGAGAAGCUCGACUACAUACGCAGCCUGAACAGGAAGUACAGCGAGCACCUGGAGGGGACCGCCAAGAUGGUGGAGACCGCCAUCCAGACCCUGGAUGAGCCCGAGAUGGCGGUUUUCCUGCAGACGGCCAAACCUCUGCUGCACAGGCUGCUGCAGUCCACCGACACGUCCCACCUGGAGAAGGUCCAGCCUGGAUACGAGAACAUGGAGCACUUCACCGUGAACUUUGAGCUUCAGAGGCGGGCUCUGGCGGAUGUGGACUUCAUGAAGCUUGAUGAAGAUGAUGAUGACAGCGAAGAAGAGGUGGAAGUAAGAGGACCAAAACCAGGACUUCACCCUGAGCCACAGCCGCGCCUUGCUCCUGCCUCGGCCAAUCAGCAGCCUCCGCUGGCAUCUGCCUCGGCCACGCCCCCUCAGAAACCGUCAGAGGCCCCUUUGCCGUCGCCGGGGCCAUCCGCUCAGGCCCCGCCCCCACUGCCUCUGCCCGCUGCAAGCUCCGCCCCUCAGUCAGAUCAGCCGAGUGAGGCGGAGGACGGACCCAGACACGUCUUCUCCUUCAGCUGGCUCAACCAGAAGUAGAACCCGGGCCUUCAGCAGAACCUCAGGGUGGGAGGCUGCUGAGGAACGCGAAGAACCGCGUGAACAUGGGAACCUGAGGUUCCAGAGGAACCGGGGGAACCUGCAUCAAUCUCGGUCCAGGACUCGAUCUUCUCAUUGUGCUGGUGUGUCUGUGGUCUUAGACCUUUGUUAGAACUUUGUUGCUACAAUGAAGGUUCUUUAGAACUUCUGAGGAACCCGUAGUGAAAUGUUUGUUUUUUGUCAAGUGAAAUAAAUUUUUAUUAUCAA